AUGCCGACUGGAAAGGGUUUGGUAGCCCCUCAAAACACCUUCCUUGAAAGCAUCAUCAAAAAUUGCGUGGGCAAAAAUGAUUGUUUCCUACUGGCCAACGUGCGCAUCGUUGAUUACCCGAUUGUUUAUUGCAGUGAGGGCUUUACUAGAUUAACCGGCUACACGCAGACUGAAGUGCUUCAAAGGAGCGCGUCGUGCAAAUUCAUGUACGGGUCAUCAACCGCAGAAGACACAAAACAGAAACUUCUUGAAGCUGUCACAACAUCAACUAGACAAUCCUUUGUUAUGUCAUUCAACCGAAAAAAUAAUUUAGGUGGACCUCUUUUUAUGCUCACCAACACCGCGCCAAUUCGCAAUGAAGAAGACGUUGUAAUCCUCCUGUUAAUUUACUUCCGCGACGUCACAAAUUCAAAAACAACCACCUCAGUCUUCGACGCUGAAAAAACCAUAAAAUUGACUGACGAAAGCGAGGAAGAAGAGCGGAGAGAAAAAUCCAGAUUUCAUUCUUUUGCGUCAAGUAUCAAAAAAUAUUUUGGCAGCGCAAAAACCAAUAAAGUUACUCCGACAGCCUCAUUCAACAACGAUGCCAUCCCGCAGUACAGACAGGAGCCUCCGAAAACACUUCCACAAAUUUUACUUCAUUAUUCCCAUUUCAGGAACGUGUGGGAGUGGGUGAUACUGGUCUUCACGAUAGCCACAGCCAUGAUCGCUCCCUACGCAGCCGCAUUCAAUCUCGGAGCACCGGCCGAUGAUACAACGCUCAUGAUACUGGAUGACCUCAUGGAUAUCGUUUUUCUUUUGGAUAUUAUACUCAACUUGCACACGACCUUCGUUGACGUUAGUGGACAGAGUUCUGCGCAUGUAAUAAAGUUGAUACGCCUCUUCCGAUUGGUUCGAGUUGGUCGUACGUUGGAUCGUUACAUGGAGUACGGACAGGCCGUUCUAGUUCUUCUUCUCAUGGCUUUCCUUCUCAUAUCUCACUGGUUUGCCUGCAUUUGGUACGCCGCGGGUAGAUACGAAACUUUGUUUAAAUUGAAUUUCGAUAGUUGGGUCUACAAACUGUCGAAUGAUAUUUCACAAGGAUACUCAAUCGUCUACGAAACCAACACGACAAAGUUGACUGUGGAUAUUCCAAAAGAUGCAAACGUUUGGAAUUUGUUAAUAAACAACCAAACAGUAAAAAGUUUAAAUAAAGAAAAUUUGAGUUUGAUUAAAGGACCCAGUAACUUCAGCAGCUACAUCAGCGCCCUUUAUUACGUCCUCACAUGUCUCACCAGCGUUGGAUUCGGUAACAUAGCUGCUAACACUGUUCUGGAGAAAGUUAUAACAUCAUUCAUUAUGAUAUUUGGAGCAUUGCUGUAUGCAUCCAUAUUUGGAAAUGUGACCACGCUAUUCCAGCAACUGUACAUGGCGACGGGUAAAUACCACGACAUGCUUAAGAGCAUUCAAGAUUUUAUGAAAUUUAACACGGUCCCGAAAGUUCUCAAGGAAAGGGUUUUGGAUUAUGUAGUAUCAACAUGGACUGUUUUGAACUAUUGUCCAAACGACAUGCGAGCCGAUAUUUGCGUCCAUUUGAACAGGAUGGUCUUCAAACAGAAUCCUGCAUUUAGGCUUGCUAGUGAGUCGUGCUUGAGAGCCAUGGCAGUGCACUUUAGCAUGAUGCACAGCGCUCCUGGCGACGUCAUUUGCCACCAGGGUGAAAGUCUCAACAGUGUUUGUUUCGUUGUAUCUGGAUCCCUGGAAGUCGUGCAAGAUGAAGAAAUCAUCGCACUGCUCGGUUGUUCAUUUUAUUCUUAA